CCUACGGAAGCCGAACGUCGGAAGCCCAACCCACAUCGUCUCCCUUUCGGGGCGGGCUUCCCUAGCAGCGACCGCCGGCAGCGGCGUCCUUGGAGCCCUCGCGGGUGCUCCGCCUCUCCUUUCCACCUCCGGCCGGGGCGGCGUGGCCCGUGGGGCAGGAGCAGCAUGGGGGACGCCUUGGAUGAACCUUGGUGGGAAGCACGUGAAGGGACACGCGAGAGCAGCCCAGACCUGUCUGAGGAUGAGUUUUUGAAUGAAGACACUGGCCAAAGCAUACCUGUCCAACCGUCUGCAACCCUACAGUCUGUUUCUUCAAAGAAAAAAAGGAAGCAGCCUACAGAGACUCAUCUCACUGCAGAGAAAGAAAAGUCUAAAGAUAAAAAUGAAACACAAGUGAAACCAAAGAGGAGAAGAAAGAAGAAAAUUACCGAUAUUCUUGCAAAAUCAUCUCCAAAACCAGGAGUCCCUGCAGACUUACAGAAAAUGCUUAAUGAACACUUCGGUGCUAAAUGUUCAGUGAUUGAACUAGAAGAAUUAAAACUGCCAGAUGCCUGUUUCCUCCCUGCCAAUGACCUCACCCACAGUUUUUCCUCCUACCUGAAAGAAAUUUGUCCCAAAUGGGUAAAGCUCCGUAAAAACCACACAGAGAAAAAGUCAGUGGUGAUGUUGAUAAUCUGCAGCUCAGCCCUUCGCUGUCUGGAACUCAUCAAAUCAAUAGCAGCAUUUAAAGGAGAAGGAAGGGUUAUGAAAAUGUUUGCAAAACACAUAAAGAUACAAGAACAAAUCAGGAUUUUGGAGAAAGGUACCAUUCAUGUGGGUGUUGGAACACCUGGAAGAAUAAAGGCACUUGUAGAGCAAGAUGGCCUUAGCCUGACAGGCUUGAAGUAUCUCGUCUUAGACUGGAAUUGGAGAGAUCAGAAGUUAAGAAGAUUAGUAGACAUCCCUGAGAUAAGGAAUGAAACAAUUGAACUUCUGGAAAUCGGACUCAUCGAACUGUGUAGAGAAGGCUCUGUGAAGCUGGGGCUCUUUUAAAUUAUCCCUUUGUAGCUGAAUUCAACUCCUCCUCAAGUCUGCAUCAUCUUUGGCCACAUUAAAGCUGCUUUUCGAUUUAAAAUGCAACCACAGAGAUCUGUGUUGUCCAUGUUUGUUUCUUUUAUAAUAAAGCAGCAUGUUACAUAAA